UCAGACGAGCGCUCUUGGCACCGGUGAAAACGCAGUGUCCGUUUGAAGCGGGAACCGGAGAGAAGAAACGAGGAAAAAUCCAGAAAACGACCGAUGGCAAAUGGAAAAAAGAGUCCGGUGAAACGGACAGGAAGGAACGGCGGCCUGUUCUGGAGGGUGUGUCUUGCGGUAACCCCAUUCAUGGCAUUACGCAGCUGCCGGAGCGCGCGGCCCCCCCAUCUCAUAUUCUGCUUCCCGUUGGUAACCUCGCUCUCCUACGGACGGGUCCACAUCUGAAAGCUUGCCGUCGUGUGCUCAAUGUGUUGCUUCGACAAGUGUGAAGACAGCCGAAGAUGACGGUAAAAGAAUUCAGUCCUCUCGCGAGCUUGACCGAGAAUGGUCCCUCUCGCGCCCACCAUGCCCGGAAGUCGCCGGGCAGCCAGGCCAGAUGCAAGGCGCAGAUACCCCGUGGAGUCAAGCAUUUGAAGAAUUCCACUCCACGCGAAAGCGCGCCUCCAGAACGCCUGAGGCUUCUAGACACCGUAAUGCGAGUCGAAUUUCGCUUGUCAACUUCGACGACGAGGAACGGGCAACUCUGUGUCACUUGGCUUUCCCUCUGCAGCCCUACACAGAGCACGUCACGCGAUUUGCUACCUCAGCCAAAGUCUGCCCAGAUUCCUCGGUGAGAAGCGAAGGUGCUACCGCAUCGUCGCCGCGUCUUUCCCGUCGAGAUUUUCGGUGGUUCGCGGGCGUUUCCCCCCGUACAGGGCAGUUGCAGGCGAUCUGUCAACGAGCCUCAGUUUGUGUCUUGUGUAGAGCUUCGUCCACAGCGAAGCGAAAAUGCCAGUGGAGAAGGCGGCAAACGAAAUCUGCAUGCGCAUGCAGCUUUCUGGGCAAAAGGAAUCGAAGACACAGCGUAGUACGCGGCAUCGAAGACGAGGCUACAACGUGGGACCCGCCUGCUCCUUCCGAGAGCCUGGCAUAUUUUUCACCAACAAGAAGCUUUCGUCUAGGCGGAUAUGAAGUUCCUCUACAUGGGGGACGCGCAGCUGGUGCCGCAUCCUAUGUUUCACCGUCGCUGGAGUAUCGACUCUCAACCGCGGUCCCGAGACGCGGUUUCUUCUGUCUCUUGGCAGUGCUGCGGAGCGCCUUCGUUGCACAUUAACUUUUUCGGCAGUCGCAUUCGCACUUACGCAUCCAUACAUAGGCGAAAAGGAAUGCAUGCGGACGCAGGCUCGGUACGCCCACGCGUUCGGCCUCUUUGACGUGUGGAGACGUCAUUGCCAUCCUACUCAACACAACAGUUUGCCGCGCAGCAAAUCUGUAGUUGUUCCUUAGUGUCUCUUUUUUCUCGUCUUCUGUUGUACUUCUUCGACGGCAUCUGCGCCACUGGAAGGCCUCUCGUAAUCCCACGUCUCACCUGUUUGACUCCGUCCAUUUCCGGGUGACAAGAAGCGGACGAUUCUCAUCACCUUCUGUUUCCGUCUUUGUUUUCCUUUCUCCUAACCGUUUUCUUCUCCUUUCUUCCACGCAUUCUUUUCUGUCCUCGCUUCCGUCGGCCCGUGUGUGUGAUCCUUGCCCC